AUGAAAGGGAAGGCACGUUUUCAAGUCUGGUGGCCUAAACUGGACAAGGACUUGGAAGAACACACUAGACAUUGCAAUGGAUGUCAAGAAAACAGAAGCAAAGAUCCUGAAAUGCCGUUAUUCUCAUGGCCUGUUCCUGGAGAAGUUUGGUCACGGAUCCACAUCGAUUUUGCCGGACCCUUCAUGGGGAAAAUGUGGUUGAUUGUAGUAGAUGCUCGGUCAAAAUGGCUUGAAGUAUUCCCGAUGUCGUCAACUUCAACAAAGUCAACGAUCAAAGCUUUAGAAGAGUUAUUUUCAAGAUUUGGCUAUCCAAGGGUAAUUGUAAGCGAUAAUGGACCACAGCUAACAUCCUACGAGUUUCAAACCUUUUGUAAGAGCCUAAACAUUAAACAUGCUCGAAUCACCCCCUAUCACCCAAAAAGCAAUGGGUUAGCGGAACGAUGUGUUCGUACAUUCAAAGAACGCAUGAAUGCUUCAAAAGGAAAUGCUGGGACUUUGCAAGAAAAACUCAACAGCUUUUUAUUUGCUUACAGAACGUCACUGAGAAGAUCUACUGGAAAAACUCCAGCAUUCAUGAUGUUUGGUCGCGAAUUACGCUCCAAAUUAGACAUGUUGUUUCCUGACGUUGAGCAGAAAAACGACGAAGAGUUGGUUCAACAGCGGCUACAAAAACCUGGAUCAAAAGAAAAAGUUUUUAAAGAGGACGACAAUGUAUGGGUACUAGACAAAUCUGGAGCUGGUUUCAAGAAAGGAACGAUUGUGAAAGUGAAUGGAUCAUCGGGGAACAUCGGCUCAUCGUCGGCUCAUCGUUGGUUCAACAUUGGCUGGAGAGAUGGCAUCGUAGAACUUCGAGACCAAUCAGGGACUACGGCGACGCAGGGCUACCAACAGCGCUUGAUUGAUGUCAACCAUGUCAACUUCCCGUGGAUGACGACAACUUCCCUGAGUGAGGCAACACUGCAUCUGAACUUCAGCUGGCGACUUCAACUUCCGAGAUCGAGAUGGCACUGGCAAGGAAAAUAA